GAAUUAUGGAUCAAGAGUAUCUAGAGCUUGAAGAAACGAUUUGCCUCUAAUUUUAUACUUCCUGCUGCAGUUUGAUUGCUCUACAAGCUAAAAAGCUGGAUGGAGAGAUUGAAUUAUAAACUCAGCUUCUUCCGGAACUAUUCAAAAGGGUGGCGGAUUUACUCUCCACUUCCGAAAUUCAUAAAUUGGCUUCACAACUUUGUUAGCUAUGUUGUAUACUCCCACAUCGUGACCACCAUAAUCAUAGUGGCUUCAAAAUUCUCCAUGUCUUCCGCUUCUGUAACUGAGGCGGGCGUGGGUAGGAAGAAACAAAAGGCUUCUAGACCUCAAGCAACCAAAAAGCCGACCGUUGUUUCAAGGGAGGAUCUUCUGGAGGCCGAGAUGUAUCAAAAGGCCAAGGAUCUGCAAGAUUCCACUCUUAAAGCUCUGGAGGCCAUAAGGGAAGAAAGGAUUUCUCUGCCUAAGGCCUUUUUACCCCCAGCCCGAAUAGUACAAGAUUCUCCUCCUCGGGCUAAGUCUUCAAAGGCUAAGGUUGGAGAAUCCGCUUCUCAGGUUGGGCAUGAUUCUUCUUCUAUUCUUUCAACCUCUCCUCUCUUAGUGGUGACUCCUACUUCUCAAUUUGACCCGUCAACUGGGGAGAUGCUGUACUUUGUGGAAGACAACAGUAAUUCGUCCACCCUAACACAAGAGUCUCGCCAACCAACAGCAACAACCUUCGGGGAGCCCAUAGUCCUUGAGAUCCCCGUGGUCUCAUAGGUAACUAGCCUGCGAGUUUCUUGGGCAGCUUCUCCUGAUGUAGUUGUUGCGUUUGAAGUGCCCAUCUCUUAACCUCAAGGUUUUGGUGAGGGUUCGGGUAUUAUCCCUCCUUUUCCCAUAAGCAAAGAUGAUCAUUCUUAAUAACCAAGUGUCCUUACUCCUCCUCCUUCUUUUAAGGCUUCAGGCUCUACUUAGGGUUUUGGAGAAGGCUUGGACGGAUAUCCUCCACUUUUGGUGGGCAAGGCAGAUCUUCUAAGGACUCCCCUGACCUCUGGGGUAAAGGGGAUUCCCAUUCCUCAUCCUAAGAAGAAGGUCAAAGUUGCUGCUGCUCCUAUUACUACUCCUGCUCCUGAGAUUCUUCCUCCUCCGUCAAUUGGAACUGUCCCUCCUCUUAUUACUGAAGAGAUGCUCCCAACCCUAUCAAUAGCAUCAUUGCUCGAACUUGCUUCUCAUUGAAGUUUUACCAAUACUAAUUUAACUCCAAUCCCUUUCAACCUGCUUAAGCUUCCUUAAUAUAACAAUCUCUCACAUCCCAUAAGGCCGGAUGAUAUUUCUUUAAAAACUUAGCACUAACUGGAUGUUUUUGCAAGUUUCCCUCCAAAUCUAUCAAGUAAUAUGCUCCUAUCUAGUGCUUGGUGAAUAAUAAAAGGACUUUCCCAAGUAGGACUCCAUUUCCCAAAGCCUUUUACUUGAGCUUCUAAAGGCAAAAUUGCUUUCCAAACUAAUUCUCAUUUCUUGAAGUUUUUCAACCUCACUUUCUUAUUGUAUACUCGGGCAAUAACUUUCUCCCUUUCUUGAAUUUCUCUCUUUUCCAUACACCAACAAUCUUUUGAUUAAGGACCUGACUGCAACUACUUAGUCUUUUAUUCUUUGUUCUGACAUUACUGGUGUUGGGGAGUCGAGACAAUGUGGGGCUUAUCCCAUUCUUCCUUGGUGAGGAAUAACCCUUGUUCCAGAAGCUUUUAGGUUGUCACCUUAGUUGGGCGACUGUUCUCAUUAACUCCUAAUCACUGGAGAAUCCCAAUACUAGGAUUAUAAAAGUUGGCUUUUGCCACAUUGGCUGUGGGAAGGAAUGGUUGUGACUCGGCCUCCACCAUCUCCCAAAAUCCUGGUCUCAUGGCUCAUUCUUCAUGGUAAAUUGCUACUUGUUGGUGCAGGGUGGAAGGCACAGAGAAGCUCUGAUGAAUCUAAUCUCGGCCUAGUAAAGCUUCAUAGAUGGAAGUACUAUCCAUAACGAAGAAAGCUAGCAUGAUUUGCUUGGAGCCUAAGUCAACCUCCAGGGCCAAUAUCCCAUGAGUUUUGGUGAUGGCCCCAGAGAAACUGGAAACUGUUAGAUUUGUGGGGAUAAGAUCCUCCUCACUUCUAUACACCAUUUUCAUUUGCUUAUAUGGUAACACAUUGACCGCAGUUCUUCCAUCAAUCAAAACCCUCUAGAAGGGUACCCGCUCCAGAUGAGCAGUUACAUAUAUAGGCUUGAGAUGGUUAGCUAGAGCCAAGGUCAGUCGAAUGAAGGCUAUUCUGUUUGUGUACACUCUCCCGAGCUCUUUCUUUGUGGGCUCGGGCAAACCUACGCUGCCCGACUCUUCUUUUCCCGCUUCUUCAACACUAACAUAUGUCAUCAUAGGUUAUAUUGCCAAGUAAUCACCUUUCGUUAUGGCAGGUUGAUCCAGCUCGGCGCAAAACAUGGCAGAUAAAACAUUUCUCAUGUUUACAUGGAAUUUGCUAGGUUCAAGUAAGUCUUCCUUCUUGCCUCCAAUGUGGUCGAUGAAUUCAUCUAACCAGGCCUGUGCCUCUUUGGGUAACAUUAGUUCGGGUAACGCUUUCUCCUGAGUUAUGCCAAAGUUUGGCAUUUGUCCUGGAACUUCACAAAGAGUAUCAACCAACAAUGGUGAAGGCAUUCUUUUUUCAGGCGAGAUAGUUCCAAAACAUAUUGGCUCUAGGCUUCAUCUUGGUGUUGGCAUCAUUACCAUGUUUUCCUGAGCUUUCCUUAAGAUUCUAUACUUCCCAAGAUGAGGGUUUUGUGGCACAUGAUCUCAUUCCCCCUCUGUUUUGCUAUUUGCAUUUUCUACCUCUUUUUUGGUUCUCCAAUGAAGUUGAUUUCUCCCCCAUGAGGUACUUUCUCAAACUUCACGUUCUCAAAGGUUUCUUAGGCUGCAGAGACUUUUAGUGAGUUCAUGUGGGCUUUGUGCUGCCUCUCAACUCUCCUGAUCAUAGAGGCUUCUAUUUCUUUGACGGGCUUUCCAUCUUUUCCAACCAUGUACCAUUUCUGCUCGAGUCAGGCAGGAUUUUUCUUCAUGAUUAGAUACACUAUCCUCUCCUUUAUCUGACAUCUCCACCGACAUAGCUUGGCUGGGGUGGGCUUACCUCCAGCCAUUUUGGUAUUUUGGCUUCUCUAUCUUCCCCUGCUUCAGAGGCUUCAUAAUUUUUGAAUACCUCUAACAAGCAUUUUGGUUGAGAAUCUCAUCCCAAUCGUUGGAAAACAUUUAUGGAUGUCAGCUGCCCGCAUAAUGCUCAUACAGGCUUCUCGUUCUUCUUUCUCUGUUUUUUUUUAUCAAUUCUUGAUCAAUAAUAUCUCUUGAUGUUGGUACCUCUAACUCACAUUCACAUUGGCACUUGCUACACAACACUAGCCCUUUGACUAUGGAUGUUUUAGGUUUCUCAGGCAACUUGAUAGUUCCUUCUAUUGGUCUAUCAUUUGGUCACCUUUCAGCCUUUACUUCUCAGGUAGCUUUCCCUUUCUCUUUUCUACCCAAGUUUUUUCUGUUUCCCUUUUUCAGCCUAACUCAAGUUGAUCAUGUUAAUUAGGGCUUCUGGGAAGGGAUUUGUGUCAAUCAUCAUAUUAGCCUGGGGUUUCUCCAACAACAACUUUCCCUUGACUAUGAGGUCUUGUAUCCAAUCCCUGAACUGGACACAGUUGGCUACAAAGUGGUUAAAGGUGUAGUGCAGCUUGCAAUAUUUAUUUCCUCUCAAUUCUUCGGGCUUGGGUAGUUUUUUAGUGCUGUCGGGCACAAUUACUCUGACCCGCACCAAGUCUUCAUAGAUCUUCGAGGCCUUGGUUAUAUUGAAAGAGUAACUCUGGUAUUUAGGGGGGCUUCAUAGGGACAAAUCCACCAUCAUUUAUCACCACUUUCUGAUCCUUGACUAAUUGAACUAACCCCUUCACUAUUAAAGGUUUAAAGGGGGUAGUCAUCUCUGCCGCACACAUGUACAUCCCUUUUCUCUCAUGGUCAUCAUUUUCUUCAGGUUCUGCUUCUUUGAACUCCACUUGGUGGAUUGCGGUUUUACUUUUGUAGAAAUGAGGCACCUUAGAUGAGUGUUUCAUUUGUUGUUCUUCAAGCAACAACUUCUCAUACUCUGUGGCAGCAAUCACCAACUCUUGCAACUCAUUGAAUUAUAUAUCAUAAAACCUUUUCCUUAAAGGCAGCCUCAAAGCCUUUUAAGCAAUGGAUAUAAGUUGGGCAUGAUUGAUAUGGAAUUGGCACCUCAUUCUUGUCAUUAUAAACCUCAUCAUGAAGUCCUCUGUAGACUUAUGUUCAUAUUGCUUCACCUCUACUAAGUCAUUGAUAAACAUUUUGGGCUCUAUCCUAUAGAACUGUAAAUGGAAAGCCAUCUCCAUUUGCCCCUAGUUAGAAAUAGAAUUAGGGGGCAGAAGAGAGUACCAAUGAAAUGCUAGACCUACCAACGAGUUCCCAAAAAUGUGAUCUCUAGAGGAUACACUGUCAUUUUCUCCACUAAAAGUGGGGAACGCAGGCAUCUUGAAGUUGAAUGGAAAUGGCUUAUGCUCAUCGAUAUGCUUGAGAUAUGGCUUCUGGUAGGUGAUCAUGAACAACGGGCAAGCCUGAGGUUGAGCAUUCUGGACCACCAUCCUCCUUAACUCAGCGAACUCAUUUCUAAGUUGCUGGUUGGCUGUAUUAUCAUGUGGGGUAUGAGGAGGUUCCCACUUCGGGCUACAAUCGUUGCCCGAGAAAGUCUCAUUCCUUGGUUCGGGCUUCUUCCAUUUGGACCUUCCUUCCUUAUUAGCCAAUAGUGGUGGCCUAUAAGGAGGAGGCUUGCCUGCCUUGGUAGGCUCGCCUUUUCCACUGGAUUCUCCGAUUACUUCGUUUUUUCUUGCCUGCUUUGCCCCUACUAUCUAAUGAAAAUAAUAAGGGGUCGAGUAACUCUGCUUUUAAGAUCUCUUCCAACACUGGCUGACUGGUUCCAGAUCCUUCCUUGUUUUUUCCUUUAUCUCUCUUUUCCUCAAGCAAAGGAAAUAGGGGGAUAACUGGUCCUUUAUUAGGGCUUGCUUCUCUUAUCACUUCCCAGGAAUAACCAUAUUUUGGAGUAGAGUACUCCAGAUCUAAUCUUUUUUGCGAACUUCUUGUUAAAGAAUAGAGUCUGCUUACUUCUCCUUUGGUUUCUAGAGUGAUAUUCUCCAUACUUUUCAGCACUUGUACCCUGGUGGCUUGCAAAUCUUCAUUGAUUACUUUCCUGCCCGACUUCUUGGAUGAAGUUGGGCUUUCUAGAAUAGCUGGUCCUUGGAGGGAAGAAAAAUCCUCUGGAUGAUUUGUCAUGCUCGAUCUUGGUAGAUGCUAAGGUGGCCCGUAUUCUGUAUUCCAACUAAAGGUUUUCUCCUUCCUUCUUCUUCUUGGCAUACAAGACUACGAAAAUCCCACCAGGCGUGCCAAAACUAUGUUUAGGCGAAGAUUUCUCUGGAAAGGGCUCUUCGGACCUCAGCAGAGCUCCCCAAGGGAUUGACACUUUGGAUGUGUAGUUAGGCUCUUGCUUGUUGAUGUGCUACAAGAAGAGGACAAAGUUAGUUCUAAAAGGUGCCUUUGUAAGGCCUUAGGUGUAGGCCAUGAGGUUCGCAAUCAAAACUAACUGAGUGCUAGGCAUGCCACUGCUAUCUCAGUAUAACAAAUGUAGAACAAGUGUGUUUAGUUGAUUACUUACGCCUCAAGUUACUCGGACUUCUUAUUAUCAAAGGAUUGUUGUGGAUAGGUUAAGUCCACAUUAAGUUCUUUUUCUUGCAUUGUAAAGAAGGACUUUUAGUUCAUAGUCUUGUAUGUUCGAAUGAAGGGAGUCCAGAUCUCCUUUAAGUUAUUUGUUUGGUCCUAAAUUGCUUUUAAUGGAGACAUAUUCAUUUAAACUAACCAGAUCCAGAUACAAAUAAGACUCUUAAAGUAGGAAAACAGGUGGAUAUGACUUGAAUACACAGUGAAGAAUACAUUAAGUAAUAGAUCUAUUAGCUUAGAAAGCAAACAAAGAGCCUCGGGCAAGUUUCACCUUGUUUGGCAAGUUUGAACUUCUUGCAGUCACUUUUCUUUGAGAUUACAAGGUUUAUAUGCUAAAAAAGGGAUGGAUGGUAAACAAGUUUACACAAGGGAAUCGAUACUACGCCACUAAGGGAGGUAAUAGAGUUUUAAAUUGGACAAGAGAUAGCUUGUCGCUAAAAAGAUAUAAGAUCUGGGCCGAUUACAACUUUUGGAUGCCAAUCUGGCUAGAGAGCAGAGUUUGUAUGUUUGUUUGAUUAAUUGAGUGUCUUUGUCUCUGAGGCCUCUUCCUCCUUUUAGAGGCGAUUUAGCCUGACUAUUGUAGCUUUUUUCUACCCGAAAGCACUUACAGGGUAGUAUGUCAUCAGCUUUUUACUUGGAAUGCCACUAGAAAGUGUUCUUUGGCUGGUAGUAAGUUAGUUUCCAUCAUUUGUCACUUUAAUUGUAGGCAAAUGGCUUACAUUUGGCUGAGAAAGCUUCAAUCUGCCUUUGGGCUCGGUGCUGGGCUUUGGAUAAGUCUCCUUUAAUUAGGUAAUCAUGGGCUUUUCUUCAUCUAAGUCCAAUGUUCAAAUAUUAACCCAAACACAGGUUGCAUUAGGAAAUUAGUUAAUUCCGGGUAUCCUACUAUAAUUACUAAUCAUUUUAGGCAAGCUAUAUAUAUCAAUGCCCUAGCUACUCAACUACCAUAAUCCAUAAACCUAGCUACGUACUCAAGUCGAAACCCUACCUAGCUACUUAAAACCCCAUACACCAUGGAUCUCAUUCGACGUCGACAACUAAAGUCCUUGGCCUCUUUCUCCGAUCACCGCAUGUGUUUCUUUCUGCCCUUCUAUCCUCCUGAACUCAUAGCCGUUGCCAACUACUCUUCCGCUUCAAUCUUUAUCGCCGAACUCGAGACACUCGAACUCCUCGGCCAAGCUAAUGGUAGCAAGGUCUACUAGGUUCGUCACAAGUGACUUCCACCACUUACGCUCUCAAACUCGUCAACAGUGACUCAGAGCCCACUGUCCUGUGUAAUCUCUUUUGCGAGAUUGAAAUCUUUCACCGCACCGACUCUCUCCACAUUGUCUGCUGUAAAGCCUUAUUUGAACAGCUCUUGGGAGACAUCAAGAUCCUUAUGGAGUUCAUGGACUCGGGCACCCUCGAAACUUUACUCAUAGACAAUGGCGCGUUCUCUGAGGCCAAGCUUGCCCAUGUGCCACGUCAAGUUCAAUGACCAGAACUAUCUCCACACGCACAACAUCACUCAUCGUGCCAAUCUUUUGGUGAACAGUAACAUGGAAGUGAAGAUCCCCGACUUUGGCGUAAGCAAGAUCAUUCCCUUAACCUCCUAUGAUGCCUGUAGUUCUCCCGUCGGUACUUGCGCACAUAAACCCUGAAAGAUUCAACAAGGAGAACUACGGUGGCAGUUACAAUGGCUACACCAGUGACAUAUGUAGUUUCGGCUCACCAUCAUAGAGCUUUACGUGGGUCACUAUCCGCUGUUUCCCCCAAGUUAGAGUCCCGACUAGCUGUCCCUCAUGUUGGCUAUAUGUUUCGGAGAGCCAUCGAGUUUGCCUGUUGGCGUUUCACACGGGUUGAAGAGUUUUAUUGGGGCUUGCUUGCAGAAGGAAGUUGGAAGAAGGUGGACAGCCGGUUAGUUGUUGAGGCAUCCCUUCGUCACCGAUCUUUCUUUUUGAACGUUAGUUUCUUAUGUAGUGUUGUACAUUGAUUGAUUGAUUUCCACGGAAAAUCGAAAUGCGAUGAAAAAUUAAUUUUUA